UUUCAAAUAGCUUUAUAUUUGAAUUUAUGGCUUUUUCCAAUUUGGCUGAUAAUUAGUAUAAUAAACUUGGAUGCAAAAUACAAUAAUUUAACAAAUAUUUAUAAAUUGAUAGCUGUAACAAUAUUUUUGAUACUUUCAAUUUUUGAAAGUUUAAAAUUAUAUUUGGGAUAUGCAGGAAAUCUUAUUGGAAAGAUUCCAGAAUUAACUAGUUGUUGGUUAAUUUCAAUAUUGAUACAACUUCCCCUAGAGAUGUAUCUUUUAUUUGAUUAUUGGAUUUUAUUUCAUUAUAGUGAAAUAUUGGUCAAUUCCUUUAUGGUUUGCCUUCUUUUUAUUGAAAUUAUUACAGGUAUGAUUGCUUUAAAAAAUUUGGCAAAUCAUCAUGCUAAAGUAUUUUAUUUAAUGCAUUUAUACGGUAUACGUACAAAUGAUGGACGGUAAUUUAUCUUCUAAAAUAAUUUUAUAAUUAUAUAUAGAAUAAGUACAUUUACAAGUAAUUUUUAUAUUAAAAUACAAAUGUUUUGAUUUUUUGUUUUGUAAAAAUUUCUAAUCAAUGCAAUACCUAAUACAUAUAAGUCUAUUUAAUUAAUUAUGUCUUAUAUCAUGAUUAGCUAUCAAGAUUAUGAGUUCUAUAAAAUAACUGUAUUACUGAUACAUUUUUUCGUAAACGUAUUAAAUAUGUUUCUAUAUUGUUGAUAACAAUAUCAUUUUCAAUAUUUUGUUUAUUGGUAAGUGCUUGUAAAAGUUGUAAACGUGUAGGAACCAUACGUGAAAGUAGCUGUUAAAAAAAAA